UCACUGAUGGAACGUGAGCUGUCGCCUCCGCGAUCGAUCAAGGAGGAUUCGAGCGACCGAUGGCGUUCGCAGAAGGACAACGGUGGUAGCGAGCGCUGGCGACCAGCUGAGUCCGGCGACACUGGCAGUGACCGCUGGUCGCGGCGCGACAGCAUCAGCGAUCGUUUCGGCGGUGCGCAGCGUCGAGCCUCAAGUCGAGAGCGCAGUCCUCGCCGGCUGCGAGAUCGAGAUAGCCGUCGUAGCGGUAUGCGCAAUGAUCGAAUGGUGUACAUUGCGAACAUCCCGUACGAUGUACGCUGGAUGGAAUUGAAGGAUUUGGUCCGAGAAAAAGCCGGCGAGGUACAGUCUCUAUCACUGGACACUUCCAUCUAA